AUGACCUCAAUUUUUUAUUCUAGUCUUUCAAAAGAUCUUUCCUCGAUCCUAUAUGAUUCUGAUGACUAUAAUGUUAUCAUUAAAGUUGGGAAGGAUCAAAAUAUGAAAGAAUUUAAAGCGCAUUCAGUUAUUUUGCGUGCUCGUUCACCUUAUUUUAAAAGUGCCUUGUCAAAUAAAUGGAUUACGAAGAAAGAUGACAUGAUUUUAUUUAAUAAACCCAAUAUUGAUCCGAUAGUUUUUGAAUUGAUUUUAAAAUAUAUUUACACAGGUGAAGUUGACUUAACAAAUCUAGUAUGCAGCGAUAUUCUCGGACUUUUAGAUGCAUCUGACGAACUUUUACUUGAUGAAUUAGUUGAAUAUUUACAAAUAUAUAUGAUCGAAGAACAUAAACAGCGGGUUCAACAAAAUUUGAUUUUAGUUCUUAAUAAAUUUGCGAGAUAUGAUAUAUUGAAAAAUUAUUGUCUUGAUUAUUUCUGCGAAAAUUCACAACAUUUUAUUUCCUCAAAACACUUUAUCUUAUUAGAUAAAGAUGUUCUCUAUAGUUUACUCGAACGAAAUAACUUGCAGACUAAUGAAAUUGAUAUUUGGGACAGUUUAAUUAGAUGGGGUAUUAGACAAACUCCUGGUUUGAACGAUGAUAGAUCACAAUGGAAUAAUGAAAAUUAUGAUGCGUUAAAAAAUACUUUGAAUCAGUUUAUUCCACUUAUUCGAUUUGUGGAAAUUCCUAUGAAUGAAUUUUUUAAUAAAGUUCAACCUUAUAAACAAAUUAUUCCUAAUAAUAUUUAUGAAGAAUUUGAAAACUUUUAUCAUAAUGGUAUAUUACCAAAAAUCAUGAUUUUACCACCUAGAAUAGGAAAAUUUGAAUCAAAGAUUAUCAAUCCUAAACUUAUGAACAUAAUUGUUAAUUGGAUUAAUAAUAAAGAUUUUUAUAAUAUCACAGAUCCACAUUAUAAAUUCGAACUUAUUUAUCGUGGUAGUGAUGAUGGAAUUGAUAAUAAAACAUUUAAAUCUAAAUGUAAUGGUAGAAUAGCAAGUUUAGUUUUAGUUAAAGUUCAAGAUUCAGAUAAAAUUUUUGGUGGAUAUAGUUCUAUUGGGUUUAGUUCAUUAGGUAAUGAUUAUUCGAUUGUAUACGGUUAUGGGUUAAGAAAAUAUAAUGCAAUUGGUAAUUUUAUUUUUUCUUUUGAAAAUGAAAAUGAUGAUCAAAAUAUGAAAAUAAGUCGUGUAAUUAAUAAUUCGGAUGCUAUAUUAGAUCAUUUUGAUUCAGGAUUUAAUUUUGGACAAGGUUCAUUAUGUAUGAUAGAACAAAAUUUACAUGUUAAUAAUAUAAGUCGUAAUUAUGAAAAUAAUAUAAGUACAGAUUUAGUUUAUGUUAUCGAAGAAAUUGAAACUUUUAUUAUAUUAUUAAGGGAGUGA